AUGGCUACCUUGGCUAUGACAGCCAAGAAUAUAACAACCGAUCAAUCUGCUCUUUUUCAAUUCAAAGCACAAAUCACUUCCGAUCCUUACGGUGUACUGGCAUAUAACUGGUCCUUUUCUAAUCCAAUUUGCAGCUGGGUUGGUAUUUCCUGUGGUGCUCGCCAUGAAAGAGUCACGGCCUUGAACCUUUCAUUCAUGGAUCUCGGUGGCAACAUCUCUCCACACCUGGGCAAUCUCUCAUUCCUGGUGAAUCUUGAUCUUAGUUACAACCAUUUCCAUGGCCAUCUUCCGAAUGAGCUGGGGCAAUUACGCCGACUGAGAGUCUUUUCUGUCGGUAACAAUAGAAUAAGUGGAGGCAUUCCGGGAUUUAUCGGUCUCUUAUCCAAACUCCAAAUCCUUAAACUUGAAUUUAAUAAUUUCUCAGAUACUAUCCCAGAUGCUCUCUACAAUGUAACUACGCUAGAGGCCUUGUGGUCACGCGACAAUAAAAUCCAAGGAAGCAUUUCACCAAAGAUCGCGAAGCUCACCAGGCUGAAAACUUUCUAUAUGGCAAAUAACUUCCUCUCGGGCUCCAUACCUUGGAGUAGCAUCUACAACAGUUCUUCACUACAAGGGUUUCGUUUAGGCAACAAUUCUUUGUCUGGCAGUCUGCCGGAUGAUCUCUGUAAUUGCCUUCCAAAACUUGAAUGGCUAACUCUGUCUUUUAAUAGACUUUCUGGCCAGCUUCCAAGAAGUUUAGGCAACUGCAGCGAGGCUAAUACUUAUUCAUUGGCACAUAAUAAAUUCACAGGGCUCAUACCACAAAAUAUUGGCAAUUCGAGUAAGAUUACGCGGUUGAUUCUUGAUCAUAACAGCUUAGAAGGUAACAUUCCACAAGGGAUUGGCAAGUUGAAGAAUCUACAGCUUUUAGCUCUUAGUUACAAUAAUUUAGCUGGCAAAAUUCCAGAGGAGUUAGGCAAUUUGCAAAAUCUACAAGGUCUAUUUAUAAAUUUCAAUAGUUUAAGUGGUGUAAUUCCAGUCUCAAUCUUCAAUGUUUCAACCAUAAUAUAUAUUAGUCUAGUUGGGAAUAACCUUUCAGGCUAUCUACCAUCAACCAUUGGCCAGGGGGUUCCCAACUUGAAAAUUCUUUUCAUAGGGUUUAAUGAACUUACUGGAACAAUCCCCACCUCCAUUAUCAAUGCUUCCAAGCUCGCUGUGCUAGAUCUGUCCGCGAACUCAUUUUCUGGGCUUGUUCCAAAUACACUUGGCAACUUGAAAUACCUCGAACGUCUUAACCUUGAGUUCAAUAACUUCACCACUGAAUCUCCCUCUGCAGAAUGGAGCUUUCUGUCUUCUUUGACAAAGUGCAGGAAACUAAGGAUUCUAUGUUUGGAUCAUAAUCCACUGUAUGGCGUCAUACCACUUUCAAUCGGCAAUUUAUCUGAAACUCUUGAAAUUUUUGUUGCAAGUAAUUGCAAGAUCAGGGGCAGCAUUCCUACGCAGGUGGGUAACUUGCAUAGCUUGAUAGAGUUCGAUCUUUUGGAAAAUGAUUUGAGUGGAUUUAUUCCAACAUCGAUGGGAAAUUUGUGGAAUCUCCAAGGUCUGCGGCUAAAUAAAAAUAAUUUUUUGGGAUUCAUUCCUUACGAGCUUUGCCAAUUACACAUGUUAGAUAAACUGUUGUUGAAUGAUAAUAUGCUCUUUGGGGCAAUACCAACAUGUUUGGCGAAUUUGACUUCUCUAAGAGAUCUGCAGCUAGGCUCCAACAAAUUUAACUCUAGCAUUCCCCCGUCCUUAUGGACUCUUCAGUAUAUCUUACAGGUAAACUUGUCAUCAAAUUCAUUGAGUGGUGUUUUAUCUCCAGGUAUACAGAGUUUGAAGGUCUUGAGAGAUCUAGAUUUGUCAAACAAUCUCUUGUCAGGAAAUAUUCCCACCACCCUUGGGGGCCUUCAAGCUCUUGAAACUCUAUCUUUGGCAGACAAUAGAUUUGAAGGUGCCAUCCCCAACACAUUUGGGGCAUUGAUAAGCUUGGUAUCCUUGGAUCUCUCAAACAAUAGUCUUUCAGGUGAAAUUCCCAAAUCAUUGGAGGCGCUCACCUAUCUCAAAAAUUUCAAUGUCUCUGUAAAUAAUUUACAAGGGGAAAUUCCUAGCAAUGGUCCUUUCAAAACAUUUUCUGCUCAAUCAUUUUUGUUAAAUCACGCAUUGUGCGGUUCGCCUAGGCAAGGGGUUCCUCUUUGCAAGGUUGACAUGAUCAAACGAUCAAAAUUACUAGUAAUGAAAUGCAUUUUCCCUUCAGUUCUGUCAAUUUUAAUGACAGUGAUUGUAACCUUUGUCUUCACAAGGUGUCAUUAUAGAAGAAGAAAACAUUCUUCAAUUGAUCGAGUCGAUUCGUUACCUUUAGCAACAUGGAGAAGAAUGUCAUAUCUAGAAAUUCAACAAGCCACAGAUGAUUUUAGCGAGUGCAACUUGCUUGGUCUUGGCAGCUUUGGUUCAGUGUUCAAAGGGAUACUUUCAGAUGGAACUAUAGUUGCAAUAAAAGUUUUUUAUUUGCGAGCAGAGAGAGUACUUAGAAGCUUUGAUUCUGAAUGUGAAAUAUUGCGCAACAUUCGCCAUCGAAAUCUCAUAAAAAUCUUGAGCAGCUGCUGUAAUGCCGAUUUCAAGGCCUUGAUACUUGAAUUCAUGCCAAAUGGUAGUCUUGAGAAGUGGUUGUAUUCUCACAACUAUUUCCUAGAUAUGCUACAAAGGUUGAACAUAAUGAUAGAUGUUGCUUCGGCUCUUGAAUAUCUCCACCAUGAUUAUUCAACACCAGUCAUCCAUUGUGAUUUGAAGCCUCAGAAUAUCUUGUUGGAUGAAGAUAUGGUUGCCCAUGUGAGUGAUUUUGGCAUUGCCAAGCUGUUAGACGAAGGAGAUUCGAAGACAUGGACCCUUACACAAGCGACUCUGGGGUAUAUGGCACCAGAGUAUGGAUCAAUGGGAAUUGUCUCAACAAGAGGAGAUGUCUACAGUUUUGGCAUUUUGUUGAUGGAAACUUUCACAAGAAAGAAGCCCACAGAUGAGAUGUUUGUUGAAGAAAUGAGCUUAAAGAACUUGGUGGAGACAUCGUUGCCUAAUGCAGUAAUUGAAGUUAUGGAUGGUAAUUUGUUAAGAGAGGAAGAUGGUUUUGCUGCGAAAGUGAAUUGCAUGUUAAGCAUCAUGAAUUUGGCUUUGAAUUGUACAAUAGAGUCAUCUGAACAAAGGAUUAAUAUGAAAGAAGCCUUGGCAAAACUCAAGAAGAUCAAAUUGCAGUUUCAACAAGAUGUGGGAGGUCCCUAAAUAAAUGGUGUUGUGAUGUAUGUUAUUUAUGCUCUUAGUUUGUUGUUUAUGAUCUUUUUAGUUGAUGAUUAUCUAUCUAGUUAAACUUUGAAUAA